AUGGACCGCUCUUUCCCUCCCUCUUCUUCCCAUUCGGGUUGGGUUUACCCAGAAGUAAAGAAAGAAGGAAAGGAGGAAGGAUUCUUUCCCCGGGAAGAAGGAAGGGCGUUAUCCAAUCUGCGACUCUCCCUAUGGUCGAAGUUUCAUUGUCGAAUUGAUCUCGGAAUUGGAUCCCAUCCCAAUAGUAGCAGCUGCCCAAAGGUGCUUUAUGAAAGCCGGUCCACAGCAGUGAAAGUACGAUUUCUUUCGUCGAUCGAACGAAAACCGCUUCUUGCUUUUUUUGCCUCUCUGGCUUGA